AUGACCAGCGGCCCUGGAGGAGGCGGAGGGAGUGGGCAGCCGGCGCACAGUAGUGCAACGGCAACAACGGCAACAACAGUGAGCAGCAACAGCAGAUGCAACACACCAUCGACAGCAGCAGCAACAUCUUCAGCAGCAUCAGCAUCUUCCAGCGGAGGAACACUGCAGCGUCGCAUACUGCGCGGUCAUGCAGCGCAGACAACCAGCGGCGAACGUGUUCUGCUCAUCAACUACGUGCCCCAGUCGGGAUCCCAAACUGGAUCGGGAGCAGCAUCUACAUCGGCUGGCUCCAACCAAAGCACGUCCCAAUUGCCCACUCGUAAAAUUCUCCAGGCCAGAGCCACGGCAGGAGCAGCGGCGUCAGCAGCAGCAGCAGCUGGGGGAGGAGCAACUGCAUCCUCCUCGACUGCUUCUGGAACAUCUACAUCCACGCCAGCUGUCUCGUUUGCCGGUUUGGGCUCUGAGGUGACGGUUACGUUGACGCGAACCAAUCAGCGCGCCAGCGUCACCAGUGUCACCGCCGCUGGUCAUAUUGUACGGAACCAACAAUCGGCUUACCACCAGACAACGACCACCGCCACAGCAUCGACAUCGACCAGCACGACAGCCAUGCACGAGCCGAUCCAGCACAUAGCAACGCCAACGACGCCGCCACCUCUCGUUUUCACUCAUCAUCCGCAUCACAUCCACUACCAUCAGGAGGAGCAGCUGGUGGAUCAUCAUCAGCUGGAACAGGAGCAGAUGAAUAUCGAUCAUAAUCAGCAGACGGAGGAUGAUCAGUUGAUCGAGUACGAUGGUGGGGUAAUCGAGGAGCAGCAUCAUCAUCAACUGCAAUUGCAGGAGGAUCUCCAUGAUUCGCAGCAACAGCAGCAACAUGAAGUUGUCCAAGAAGUUUAUAUCCAGUAAAAUUAAUCCAAAAUAAAUACAUACAUAUAUAGAGCUAAUAGAGAUUCUAAGUAAUAUUAUGUAAGUUUUAGCCAUUGGAAACUCCCAAAAUGUGUUGGCGAGAGAUGCAAUCGGUUUUAACGCUGUUCAUAGCUUUAAAUCGGUAAUUUAAAAAAAAUCCAGCAAUACAAGAUGGUUAGUCUGUUAUAAGACUUACCAAAUACUCGUACAUGUAUAAUUUUGUUAAGAUUCACAUUUUUUCUCGCUAGAGAAACCCACUGAAACCUACACAUUUUGGGAAAGUCCAAUGCAUAUGCUGUACAUACACAUAUUAUAUCAAAUAUAUAUCUAAGUAUACCUACUAAAUCUGAUCAAAUAUAGAACAUAGAAUAUAAUGAAUACAAUUUUUAGACUUGUAUAUAUAUUAGAUAUAUUCUACGACAAGUAGGAAAGUAUUUUCAAUUGAAAAUAUUAAAUUAAAAUUUACAGAACGAAAUGGAAAACAUUCAAUUAACUAGUUUAUAAAAUUGACAGUUUAUUUUUGUACCAUAUGAAUAUGUACCGAUAAAUAUAAAAAU